AUUCUGCUGGAAGGGCCUGGUACUUUGAAAUUCAGUAAUUUUUGCUUGGCUAAAGUGGAUGGUGAAAACUUGGAAGAAUUUUUUGCUUUAGUUGGAUCUGAAGAAGGUGAAAGAAGUAUCAGUGAAAGCACUCCACAGAGAUAUCUGAAAAAUGGAUUUCGAGGCUCGCUGUUGUACACAGCUCCAGAAGCAAUAAAGGGAGAAGACUUCUCCAAAGCCAGUGAUCUGUGGUCCUUGGGAUGUUUACUUUAUGAAAUGUUCUCAGGAAGACCACCAUUCUUCUCAGACAGCUUUUCUGAAUUAAUUGAAAAGAUUUUAUAUGAAGAUCCAUUGCCACCUGGACCAGAGGGUUCUGCUUUUCACAAACCUUCUGCCGAGUUCAUGAGUUUGCUUGAUGGCUUGCUUCGAAAGGAUCCUCAGAAAAGGCUGAACUGGACAGACAUAUUGCAACAUCCAUUCUGGAAAGGAUCCCUUAGCCACUGUGAUGGUGAUUCUGCAGACAGCCAGGGCAGAAACUCAAGCAGUGACGACACAGAGUCAUCUGUGUCUUGGAGUGCCAAAGAGCCAGUGGAUACUCAUAAAAAUCUAGAUAACCUGUCAUCCUCAAGAGGAAAUAAUAACCUACCAAGCAAUUCUUUCAAAAUAGAAACUCAAACUGAAUUGCGCCCAAAAAGUUCAGUUGAUGGUGAAUCAAAUGAAUCAAUAUUUCUUCUCAGUUCUCGUCCCACUCCUAGAACUAGCACUGCAGUGGAAGUAAGUGAUGCUACUACUGCCCCAAUCCAAAAUUCUCCACAAAGAGAUUCGUGCUUGAAAAAAGCUAAAAAUGUGUACUCAAGUCAUCAGGAUAUGGAGACAACAUUGAAAGAGCUCAUUUACACUGAAUCUGAUCUUAUCAUAACACCAAUCAUUGACAAUCCAAAGCUAAUGAAGCAAGUGCCAGUUAAAUUUGACUUGAAAACUUUACAUAUACCAACAUAUUCAGCUGAGAAGUUAUCAUCUAUGAAAGGCACAGACUGGAAUGACUUCUUGCAACAAGUAUGUUCACUGCUUGAUUCCGCCGAGAAGAAUACAGGAGCAGCACGUUCUAAGCUGAACUUACUGUACUACUUGUGUACUGUGGCUGUCCACAAGGAAGUUGCAAGCCGACUAAUUAGCUCUCAGCUGUUUCCUAUAUUGAUACAGCAGCUGCGUGCAGCCGCCAACUGGGAUAUACGUGCCAAAGUGGCUCGAGUGAUCGGUUUACUGGCAUUGCACACAUAUGAACUUGGAGAAAAUGUACCUGUGUCUGAG